CACAAUAAAUAAUUUGGAUGAAAAAAAAGAAGAAGAAGAAGAAGAAUUGGCCAGCGAUGGCGAGAAGUCGAAGAGGAAGCAAGAUCUUGGGAGAGAGCGUGUUGUCCGGAGAUAUGGAUUAUCAAUUGUGAAUCAGCUCGAACACCUUGCGGGCUCGUCUCCUUCGAUCCCUUCCUUUUUCUCGCUUUAACCAAUUUCUCGCCUUUUUGUCCUUUCGGCGUCGGAAAAAGCCGCUCUUGGAACAGUUUGUCGCCGAAAGCGAACUGAGUGAGUCUCACUUUCUUGUUUUCAACAAUCCUUUUGGGUUCUUUGUAACAAAAAUUGGAAGAAAGCUGUAACUUCAUCGAAUUUAUGCUUCAGAAAUUUUAGGAGAUUGAUGAACUCAGAGCGAACUUUUAAGCAAAGCAAAUCUCUCAUGAGAGUUUCCUCUGACCAUGGAUAAUCCAUCAGAAACUCUAUCUAAUGAAGCAAAUCUGUCUAGAGAAUCUCCUCUCACCAUGGACAGUCCAUCAGUAGUUCUCCCUAACAGCGGACUUCCAAAUAUCUCACAUCAUGAAGAAAAUGUUGUCAAAGAUCAAUAUCAAGAGGAAACAACAAGUAAUAAGCAGCAGGAAUCUGCGAUCGAGAAUUCUGAGCAAUUUUCUGAUGUCUCAUUAUUUGGACAAUACACAGUCACAGAAGAGACACAUGGAACAAAUCGCCUGAGGGGAAUGAAUUUGAAGGAUUCUGCAAAUCAGGUUCCAAACCAACUUCAAGAAGGUGCUUCUGUUGAACUAGUUGAUGCUCAUAUAAUUCCUGAUUUGAUUGCCUCCAAUGACAGUAGAGAUAUUGAAGGGAGAUUGGAUACUUUGCCCAACGAGCUCAAUCUGCCUAAUGAAAAUGGCAGAAUACAAAAGAAGGCAGCAACAGAAUUAGCUUCAUUUAUUAAACCUGUAAAAAAUUCCAAUGUAAAACCAAACAGAGGCAUUGUUGACACUACUGCACCUUUUGAAUCUGUCAAGGAGGCAGUCACCAAGUUUGGAGGAAUUGUUGAUUGGAAAGCUCACAAGCAAAAUACUUUAGAGAAACGUAAGCUAGUCCAGUUGGAACUUGAGAGGAUCCUAGCAGAAAUUCCUGAUUGCAGAAAUCAAUCUGAAGCAGCAGAGGAGAGUAAAAUGCAGGUGCUCAAGGAACUGGGUCGAACCAAUAGGAUCAUAGAAGAGUUGAUGCUAAACCUUGAGAAAGCCCAAACUGAAGAAGCUCAGGCGAAGCAGGACUCGGAGUUGGCUCAACUAAGGGCCAAAGAAAUGGAGCAAGGAAUUGCAAGUGAUUCUAGUAUUGCUGCUAAAGCACAACUUGAGGUUGCUAAAGCGAGGUAUGAAGCAGCAGUUGCAGAACUGAAGACAGUAAAAGCUGAGUUGGAAACUUUGCUAGGAGAGUAUAUCUCCUUGGUUAAUGAAAGAGAUUUCACAAUUAAAAAAACUGAAGAUGCUACUUCUUCUCUGAAGGAGAUUGAGAAGAUAGCCGAGGAACUGAUGUUCAAUCUCAUCACAUCAAAGGAAUCACUAGAGUCAGCCCAUGCUGCCCAUCUAGAAGCAGAAGAACAUAGGAUUGGUGCAUCCUUGUCAAGAGAGCAAGAUAAUCUUGCAUGGGAAAAGGAACUAAUGGAUGCUGAGGGAGAGGUGAAGCAACUUAAUCAUCAUUUUUCAUUGACAAAAGAUCUGAAAUCGAAACUAGAGACUGCAUCUACCUUAUUGGUCGAUCUCAAGGCUGAACUAGCAUCUUAUAUGGAAUCAAAGUUAAAUAAGGAAUCUGAGAUUUCUGAUAACAAACUGUCAGAUGAUUUAGAAGAGACAAAGAAAACACAAGACUCUGUUCAUUUAUUAGCUUUGCUAAAAAAAGAACUUGAGGAAGUAAAAGCUAGUAUUGUGAAAGCCAAAGAAGAGGUUGAUUGUCUGAGAGUUGCAGUUCCAUCCCUCCAAUCUGAGCUGGACAAAGAAAGGUCAUCGAUCAUUAAUCUGCAACAGAGAGAAGGGAUGGCAUCAAUAGCAGUUUCUUCUCUUGAAUCUGAGCUUGAUAGGACCAAACAAGAUCUGGAAGUGGUUCAUUUGAAUGAAAAAACAACCAGAAGAAAGAUGGUAGAACUGCCUAAAUUGUUGCAACAGGCAGCUCAGGAAGCAGAUGAAGCCAAGACUGCUGCUCAGAUAGCACAAGAAGAACUAAGGAAGUUAAAAGAUGAAGCAGAUCAAGCAAAAGCAAGUGCGAGCACAAAAGGUAUCAAAUUGCUUGCAGCUUUGAAGGAAAUUGAAGCAGCUAAAGCAUCAGAGAGGCUGGCAUUUGCAGCAAUUAAAACCCUGCAAGAGAGUCAGCAAGUUGCGAGCAUCUGUGCAGGUGAUUCUCCUAACACUGUGACUAUUCCGUUGGAUGAGUACUUCAAUCUCAGCAAGAGAGCUCAUGACGCUGAAGAGCUUGCCCAUGAGAGAGUAACAGCUGCAAUUGCACAGAUUGAGGUGUCUAAGCAAUCUGAGCAGAAGAACUUAGAGAGGCUGAAUGAAGCAUUUAGAGAGAUGGAAUUACAGAAAGAAGGACUUACUGCUGCAACAGAGAAAUCUGAGAAGGCAAAGGAAGGAAAAUUGGAUGCUGAACAAGAGUUGAGGAAAUGGAGAGCUGAACAUGAGCGUCGUAGAAGAGCUAGUAAUGAAGCUAAGGGAGGAGUAGACCCUCAAAGGAUCAUGCCUAAGCUUCUCGAGCAGCCCAGUGAAUUACGAAGCUUUACCAAGAGUGACAAAGGUGUCGGUUUCGUUUCGAUGGCUGAUUCAAAGCAAUACAUAUCAGAAGACAAUUCAAAUACUGGUGUACCAGAAGUGAAGACAAGGAAAAGUAAGAAAUCAUUGGUACCAAUGUUAGCUUCGCUCUUAGGCCAGAAAAAACCUCAACCAAUUCAGUAACAAUGCUGAAUAUACAAUUUCCAGAGAUCAAAUUGCUGUUGUUCUAUAUUACUACACGUAUAAUAAGCUUCCUUAUAUGUUUGCUUUUUGAAAUGGUAAAAGUUUGUAAUGUCUUUAAUUAGUUAUACCUUUUGGCGAAUAUGUUUAUAUGAGAAAGUUUGCAUUAUUUACACUGUGAAA